GCUAAAACGAAACAAUCUGACUUGCGUUCGGCCAAGACAGCGCCUGGCGGGACGGUCGCCGGUCGGCGCAACAUGGCAGAGGCGCAAGGAAACCCCGACGGCACAAUCCUAACGCUCUUCGUGUACGACCGGCGUCGGGACCAGUCAGAUGACGCCGAAACAGUCCUUCGAUGUCCUAAGGAAAACUAUAGGAGAUUCCUUAACGACGUCCGCUGGGAACUUGAUAUUUCCCCCACGGAAACUUUUGUUAUUACAACAACUGAUAGAAAACAAAUAACAAGUGAAAAUUUUGAUCAAAUUGUUAAAGACAAGAUGACUCUCUACUUACUACAAAGAGUUGAUCAGUUACUCACUUCAUCAACAAAGGAGCGCAUUGAGUUUUUGCCACAUUAUAACACACUUCUGAAAAGUGGAACGUAUGAAUACUAUGCCAGCAAAGGUCAAAAUCCACUUCCAUUUGCACUUGCAGAAUUGAUUGAUAACUCCUUAUCAGCUACUUCUCAAAAUUCUGGAGUUCGGUGCAUACAGUUAAAACUGUUAUUUGAUAAUUCCCAAGGAAAACCAGCUAUUGCUGUGAUUGAUAAUGGAAGAGGCAUGACUUCUAAACAAUUAAACAACUGGGCGGUGUAUCGAAUGUCAAAGUUUAUACAAGAAGAUGUACAAAGUGAUCAUUCAGGAUAUGUACGUCCUCAAACAGUGGAGCCCAAACCUCUCAGCUUAAACAGUGAUAUUUCAUAUUUUGGGGUUGGUGGUAAACAAGCUGUGUUUUUUGUUGGACAGUCUGUUAGAAUGAUAAGCAAACCUGCAAAUUCUCAAGAUGUUCACGAACUUGUCCUUUCAAAAAAAGAUUUUGAAGAGAAAGAAAAAAACAAAGAACCUAUAUAUUGUAACUAUAUAAGAAAUAGAAAGCCAUCUGAUUCUUCCCACAUUGUUAAUUUCGAUGAGCGAUUUCUGCACAAGCUUAUUUUGGAAGAGAAAGACAGAGACAGUUUUACUGCUGUUGUCAUUACUGGAAUUCAGCCUGACCAUUUAAAAUACCUGAAAAAUAAUUUUGAUUAUUGCAUAAGACAGUUAAAACACAUAUAUCAUUACUAUAUCCAUGGACCAAAAGGAAACAUAACUAAUUUGCCAAUGGAAGAAAAAGUUUUCAAUAAUAUGGUUAUUGAGAUUUCACUGUUUGAAAGGGGGAAAACACCUCAGAUUGUGAACCUUAGAGAAAUCCAGGAUGAUAUGCAGACUUUAUAUAUAAACACAGCAGCAGAUAGCUUUGAGUUUAAGGCUUUUGUUGGAGUAGAUGGGAUAGUGGAAGGAAUUAUACGUUACCAUCCUUUCUUAUAUGACAAAGAAACCCAUCCUAUCUUUUCUUCAGGAUUGAAAGAGAAUGAUGGUGAUGAUGAUAAUGAUAAUAAUGAAGAUGAAGAAGAGGAAUGUUAUAUAAGAGAAAAAACAGCCAGAAGGGAAAAAGCUAUUUUUGAAUGUUUUUGGAAUGGAAGAUUAAUCCCAUAUACAACUAUAGCAGAUUUUGAAUGGUGUACUUUGCCUAAAAAGAGAGGGAACGUUCCAAUUGAAUGUUACAACCGAAUAUCUGGUGUAUUAUUUUCAAAUGACAAGUUUGAAGUCACCACAAACAAACUAACUUUCAUGGAGUUGGAAUCAAAGUUAAAAGAUAAAAAUACACUUUUUAAAAGAAUUAUUAAUGGACAGGAACAGAGAAUGAAAACUGGAGAAUUUGCAUCAUGGCUCAAGAAUUGCCAUGAAAAGCAUGAUAAACAAAUCAAAUUUACCAAGUUUAAAGAAAAAGUCAUACGUACUGAUCAGGCUUCUAAAGGAAAACUGACACCUUGGGCUACAUAUGAGGAAAUUGAAUGGGAUGGAAAAAUAUAUAAAGCUGGGCAGUUGGUGAGAUCAAUUAAAAGAGGUCCAGUACUUCAUGGCAGAAUUGAACAUUUUUAUCUAUAUGGAGAUCAUGAUGGAGAUGUCUAUGCUACUGGUGGAGAUGUUCAAAUAGCUUUGGAGCCUCAAGCAUUAUACAAUGAAAUAAAGAUCAUUCCAAUAGGCAAACUUGAUUGUUCGGUGUCUGAAGCAGUAGUGGAAAAAUACAUUGAAGAGGAAAUGGCUCAAUUUCCUGAUAGUCUGUCAGUAACAUGGCCUAAUGGAGAUGAAUUAUUAUCAGAUGACAUUAAGUGCGCAGGAUUUACAUUAGGAGAUUUACAAGUUGAAAUACUGAAUAAAAAAGGCGAGCCUAUUCAAAAACUUCCAGGACCAAGUCGUGGAGGAUCAAAGAUCAAAGGAUCAAAGUUACUUGUGCAAUUUAAGAUUGUUUUGCAUUGUUCUGGUAAAAAUAAGGAACUCGUUUCUCUUAUCAGUCAACAUGGAGGGAACUGGCCUUACUGGUUCAAAAAAAUGGAAAAUAUUUUUGACCUUGGAACCUACACACUAAAACUGCAAGUGUUGAAUGAAAGUAAUGAAGAUACUUAUGCAGGAAUCCGUCUUCCAUCCAAAACAUUUAAAUUUCAUGUAAAAGAAGGCGCACCUCAGAAGUUUACAAUAGGAAUUUUGGAUCCUCCAUUUCGGAUAGGACAUCCAUUCAGUAUUCCUCUAAAUGUCCAGGAUGAAUUUGGACAUACCACUCAACUGACGGAAAAUAUUACACCAAAACUUGAAGCAAGUGGUCUACGAUUACAGUAUGAAGAAAUAAAAAGAAGGCCAAAUUGUGUAAUUUCAGGCAUAAUUGCUAAAGGCCUUGUAAAUAAUUACCAAGGCAAGAACUUUAAUCUAAAACUCACUCUUCCUGGCCUAAUGGAAGAAUCCCAAGUUUUGAAAAUUAAACUUCUCCCAGGCCUUCCUCGGCAACUAAGUGUGAAACCAGAUGAGGAUAUCUUAACAGUUGAGAAUGGAACAGCUUUCUCUUUUCAUGUUGAGGUAUUGGAUGAAGAAGGCAACAGAACACCUCAACCAAAACUACUUGUUCAGUGCAAGUUUUUAGAAGUUCCAGGCCUUCCUGUAUAUGUUGUAGAUUACAGCAGUCCUGACAAAAAUAUAUUAACUGGACCAGUUCUGCACAUUCAAAAUGUAAAGGAAGUUCAAAGACUUGAAGCAAGAAUUGAAAUACCAAGUUGUAAAAAUGUGCCACCGGUUAACAAGAUUAUUCAACUGCUUCCUAGUACGCGUGUUGCAAGACUGCAGAUUAAUUUCACUGAAGGAGAAAAAGUUAUUCAGAUUAAAGAUGAGGAUGUAAUUAACCAUGUUGCAGGUGAUGUGCUAAAAAAUCUUACUCUCCAAAUUUAUGACGAGGGAGACAGAAAAAUCAAAAUAACUCCAGCUCUAGCUCAAAAAGUUAAAGUAAGCUGGACUCCAAAGCUUAAUAGCAAACAACUGAUCAAAGGAUUGUUACCUAAUGUGAAAGUUCCAACAUCUGUAAAAGAUGAAUGCUGUUGUCUGCUUACGUUUAGUGAUGAACACGUGUCUUUGGCAAGUUCAUUUGUGGUCAGACCGGUUGCUGAUGAGCCAAAACAUAUCAAAAGUGAAAUUAAAGGAUCAAAUAUAAUAAAAAUGGGUGAAAAGCUGCAAGGUGAAAUGGAGAUAAUGAUUACCGAUCAGCAUGGAAAUCGGAUUCAGUCCCUGACAUCAUCUUGUAUGACUGCCUUGAAGAUUUCUGGGAAUGGGCUGGAUAAAUCAGAUUUGAAAACUAUUUGGCAGCAAAGUACACAAACUAUUUCUAUCAAAGGAAUUAAGUUUGAACCAGGCCCACCAGAAGUUAAAGAACUGCACGUUGCUUGGCAUGAUUUGUCCCAUUACCGGAAGUUAAGUUUGAUUGCUGGCCCUCCUGCUCAAUUGGGUCUUCUGGAUUGGAUAGAACCAGAGAAGGCUAUAUCUGUAAUUAAUGGCAAACAAUUACCAAAGGCUCUUACAAUCCAGCUCUGUGAUCAGUGGAAUAAUCCAUCUGCUGAACCUAAUGUCAAAAUCACACUUUUAAAACAUAAUAAUAUACAGAUUUUUCCUUCAAAUAUGCUGUAUAAAACAGAUGAAACUGGUAGAGCAAGCGUUGGAGUUCUUACUAUUCAUGCUCCUAAAGGAGAGUACACCUUGCAGUUCAAGACCUUGUAUAUCAGGAAUGUACUAACCAGUCCAGAGAUCAAGAUAAAUGUUUUGCCUGACCCAGAGAAACCUGUAUGUUUAAAUAUUAUAUAUGAUGAGAAUGCUAUCUUCACUGCUGGAAACACUUUUCCUGAUUUCACGGUUAGUGUUAUUUCUGAAGAUGGCAACAAUAUUAAAAAUAUAAAUCCAGGAAGGAUUUCUAUGAAAAUCAAGGAAAUAGGCAAUGAUGAAAAUAUUGCAACAUUUGAGUGUUCCGAAGGGAACAUAGAUGAGGACUUUUUUUGCUUCAGGAAUAAAACGGUUCCAGAAAAAGCAAGCAAAUACAGCAUCCAAUUUAUGUUUACAAUUGACAGAAUAAGUGUUCUUAACAGUAGAGAGUUUAUAAUUGAUGUGGUGCCAAACAAACCAGCAUUGUUGAAGCCAAAAACUUUGCCAGAUACCACUGCUGUUUCUAAUGUUCAGGAGGUUGACAGACGGACCCUUGUCAAGAACUUGACUCUCAUUGUAACGGAUGAAUACAAAAACUGUACAGGAAGUGAUUUAGAUGGGAAAAUUGUAGCAAAAAUCGAAAGUUCAACUGAGGAAGACAUUGAUAUUCCCCUGUUUCAGGGUAAUAAAAAUACAGUUGAAUUUCCUUUUCACAAAGGAAUUGCUGAAAUUGAGGAUCUUGUGCUAGCAGAAAAUAGUCCAGGAAGAAAUAAAACUCAGUAUACUCUUGUAUUUGAGCCAAUCAUACCUUUGAAACAUUAUUUGCAACCUUAUUAUUUAUCCUUCAUGUUUUGUAAUGAUUAUGAGAUUCAAAAGGAGAUGGCAGAUUUUAUGAAACAGAGAGACUCCUUUUCACAGUCAAUAAAGACAUAUAGAGAUUGGUUUGAUGCUAAGGAUCAGCUUAUUGCUGAAAUAAAAGGCCAAGUAGAGGAAGCUAAAAAAAAGGAGUUACAGCUCAAGAAUGAACUGAAAAAACAUCAGAUUGACAUACCUCAGGCCAAUGGGCUGCAGCAUAUUGAUUCCUUAAUAAAAGUUAAGCAGACAGAGCAAGAAAAUAUAUUGAAACAACCUAGAAGAAUAUGCACACUUGCCAAUUAUCCCAAAAGUAACCAGGAUAUUUUGGGCAAGAUUUCACACUUAGCACAAGUUGAAGACGAUAAAGUAGCAAAGGUCAUUUCCUGGCAUUUGGGAGGUGAUAUGGAUUGCAUACUCACUUUGACAACAGCUGCUGCACGUCGUAUCUUUCAUGAGACUGAAGGAACACAACAAGUGUGGCCUCUUGAUUCUAUUUAUAAAAAGAAUCUUCCAGAUUGGAACAGAUCUUUACCUCAUUUGCAAAAUGAAAGAAACUAUUUCAAUCCUAUUGGAAAUCCUGUAUUUGCUAGGAACUUGCUAAUAUUUCCAGAGCACAAGGAGAAUUGCCAAAUAGUAUUUGAGACACUCUUGGGCAAUACAAUUAUUAUUGACAAUUUGGAAGCUGCCAAUCAUUACAGAAAAGAGGUUGUGAAAACGACAUAUUGUCCAACUAUAUUAACAAGACAGGGGGACAGAAUUCGCAAUAAUGGAAAGUUUGGAGGCCGUCAGAAUAAAGCUCCUCCUAUAGAGAACCUUCGGGGGAUGGUUUUUGGAGCACCUCUGCCACCGGAUUACAAUAUUAUCUCCGUACAGAUAGAUUGCCUUCAGCGCUACCGUGCAGCAUUUCUCCAAGUUAAUAAAGUAGACACUGACCUUAACGAAGAACUACAAUCCUUUGAUAGUUCAGAAAUGCAAAAUAAGAAAGAAGAGCUUGCUGAACUGGAACAACAACUUGAAUUAGUAAACCUGAAAUUAGGUAUGACCUCAUCAAGUCAAUGCAACAAAUUACCACCUCUUUCGGAAGUACUUGAUUUGUCCGUGGCUCCAAGCGAUUCCAAAAUAGGAAGAGAACUAAAACGUCCACACAGUUCAGAAGAAUGGGAUUCAUCUUCUCCUAUGAAGAAAAGAACAGGAAACGGCAACUAUUUAUUUCCAAAAAAAGAAGACAUAAAUUAAUUAUAUUUGUUAAAAUACAAUUGUAUAUUGAAAUGUGUAUAUUCUACAAAAAUAAUGUUACUUUCAUUGAUACUUUUAUAUUCAUAAAUGAAUUGUUCUUAUUAAGAGUUGACUUAUUUUUUAAUAGAACAUCAUAUUUUUGUUUUGUAUCAAUUAUUACAUUUCAAGUUAUGAAAAUAUAACAAUGUUUUUUACAUAUGAACAAUAAAAGUUUGGAAUGACA